GGUAUCAAGGAGAAAAAAAAAAUGCAUACGUUAUAUGGAAGCAACGGGCGGUAGCAGCAGCAGCAGUACUAAGGAAGAACGUUUUAAUGAACUAGAUGAUGUAGAGGGUCCUCAGAGCGAGGAGGAUGAGGAUAUUGACCACGAACCUCUGGGUGAAGAAAGUAGCGCAAGCGGCGAUGAUAUCCACAAGAGUACUGAAGAAGACAAUGAGUCGCUCAAUCAAAGUCUGUCGAGUCCGGGCUGCUUAAGCGGUCUCUCCAGUUUACAGAGUCCGUCAGCCAGUUUAGCUAGUCCCUUGAAUUUACUAACUAGUCCAGCAAUACCGACCAAUCCUUUGCUGAACACUUUUCAAAGUGCUGGUAAUGAACAAACAAAUAUGCAAGGGCAACCCUCUACACAUAUUCUAGCAUUGCACGGGAAUCAGCUUACAGGAAACUGCAGUCUAAAUCAACAUUUACAACAACAACAAUCGCUUAAUAAAUUGUCACAACAUCCGUUGCACGGGCCUCAGCAACAUCAAGUAGCGAGUGCGGGAACACCUGGUGAUCGCACCCAAUCGUACGUCAGUGAAAUUAAUAAUAGCGGCACAACGGCUUUAUUGCCAACGCUAUCUACCUCUUCAACAUCUUCAGUGGGCUCGGCAUCCGGUUAUGGUACAUCGAGUUCAACAUCCAAUUACACUAGUAAUUCGGCCACAUUAUCACCAUCAUCUCUCUCUGAUCGAAUGGUACGGUCUCUUCUAAGCAAUAAUUCAGCAAUGCUGUUAGGUAAUCGCGUAAGUAAUCUUGCUGUGGGCCCAGCUAAUCAGCAGGGUAAAAUUAUAGUUAGCAACAAUAAUAGAUGUCUACCCGAAUUUGCGAAAACGAUUGAUUCAGACUUGUCUGGUCACAGUAACUCCACGACUCCGGAAACAACAAAUACUGUACCAGUAACCAAUGUCGCCCUUACAUCUAAUGCCUCACUUAAUGUCACAGGUGGGCGUUGCAAUGCAACAACUAGUCUUUCUAAUAACAGCUACAAGCAGUUGCUACAUACGGGCGUGUCUACGAAAAUCAAUCCAAGUUCCUCCAGAACCGGCACACCUAACACUCACCAUAACAACACAAUUAUUCCUGCGUCUAACCAAAUAGCCAAUUGUAUAAAUGAAGCAGCAACGUCUUUGAAUAUGAUGCCGUUGCAAAGAAACCCCAUAGGUGCUAACCCUAGAGACAUAAACAAUCCUUUGAAUAUCAAUCAGCUGACGAAACAACCCCGUGAGCAAUCUACAAGCAAUUGUGGCAAAGGUAAUAAUAGGAGCAACAAUGACAACAAUAAAACCUCAAAUAUGUGUACUUCGAACGUCAGCAACACGCCUAAUAUGAGUUAUAGUAAUCAAUAUCAUCAUCAUCAUCCAUCAUCGUCUCCUUCGCUGCCUUCGCUUCCUCCUUUGCCUACACAGCAUAAUAUAUUUGGGAGUAAUAGCAACAAUUUUACACAACAUUUCCAACGACAAUUUGGACAUCGCUUAAUAACAGCUGCUGUCGCAGCCGGCCAUGUAACUGCCGUAUCUUCAGAUAUCACUCAGCCAGUUACUACCAACAUAACUACAACAAGCAACAACAGCAGUAGUAAAAAUAAUACUACUGCCACAAUGUCUAAUGUAAUUGUUACACCCGCUAUAGAUGCGCCUGUGAAUGUUGACAUAGUGAGGCGUUCCACAAGUGAUACUAGCACUUCAAACAAGAAUUCCUGUGGCGCUAUUAGCGUCACAUAAUUACUUCGAAAUAGCGUAGAUCUUAACAAACAAUUAUUGCACAAACAUGCAGAAAUUAUAUAUCUAACUACUUCCAAAUUGCCAUAUUUGUUUACAAUUAUUAUCAUUGUUUUUUGUGGACUGUUAUUUAUAUUCUAAUUUUUCAAUUUUGCCAUACGAAAGAUUUUAAAAGGACCUUUUAGUGGAUUGACGUCUUUUAGAGUAGACGUAUUGCGAGGAAAUGUGGAUAUUUGGACAGUGAACAUUUUGAAACCCACAAUAUACGUUACAACUUAGUAAAAAAAAUAUGUAGAACUAAACUAUGUUAGAACCGUAUUUUUAGGUUCCAAAGUGUAAUAUCAGCGAACAAAUUUAUGUUUAAAGCAAAAUUUCACUUGUAAAUGGAAGGAAUUUCAAAUUUUUUUGUCAUAAACCAAAGAGCAUAAGUUGCUUUUGAUGUGAAUGCAUGCUAUUAAGCCUUACAAGUUCUUACUUAUAAGGUAAUGUGUAUCAGAAAACUAGUUAUUGUCUGCAACUUUGCUCCUAAAGUAAAUUUAAAUCAUCCAAAGUAAUUUUAAAGUAUAAACAUCCCAGGGUGCAUAGAUUUUAUAUUAAAUAUUUUUUGGAGUACACAGGUAGUGAUAAAAUAAACAUACAUUUCUGGCGUUUUUUUUUUUUUUUUGUAUUCUCUCGCAUUCAGAUUUGUUUUUUUCUAACAAGCAUAUACAUUUCUUACCUUUGUUGUAACCUUUUUCGAUCCAAAAUUCAAAAUGCAAAAGAAAAAAAAACUACACAAGCAUGUUGUUCUUUUAAAAAAAUCCAAAAAAUGAAAACAACUGCUUUGGGUUAAAAACAUAUAUAUCUUGCUACGCCGAGUUUGUUAUUCCGUAUACCGUAUUCCGCUCAAUUCAUUUUUCCAUUUCUUAAGAAUGUAUAAAACGAGAUUACACUUUCUUAAAUGAAUUUUUAUAACCCGUCUCAUAUUUGUGCAAUAUUUAUAACUCACUUCCACUCAUAAUCAUAUUUCAAUCAUUUACUACACAUGUACGUUUCUACAGAACCAGACGUUGAUAAAACCAGCAAAAUUAAUUUUUCAGACAUUCCGCAACAAUAUUCCCAUUUUUUUUUUUUGGCGGAUUUCUCUUCCUCUUAUAAUGUUCACAUUUUUAUAAAAACCAAGUAGCAAUUUUUUGGACUAUAGAAAUUUUCAUCAAUUUUUAAUAUACGACUAAAUUAGCAAGUUAUACACUUAGCACACAACAAGAAUCUUGGAUACCAAUUACUGUCAAGAAUUUCAUCGGCUAAAGUUUUCUCUUUUCAUAUUUUAUAACUUAUAUUUCCGAUAUAAAUUUUUUGUAAAAGUAAACAAAGCAAUUAGAAACGCCUAAAACUACGAAAGCUAAUAUAUCUGCUGAGUUUUCUGGUGCUUUGUUUUUAAAGAA